AUGGAUAUCGCCUUUGCCCACCCCAUCGCCACGGUGCUCGACCACUUUGGCGUCGACGAACAUCGCGGCCUCUCGAGCAAUCAGGUUGCGCAGCUCCGAAGCAAGCACGGCCGAAAUGCGAUCCCCGAGGACCCCCCGACUCCGCUGUGGGAGCUCAUCCUCGAGCAGUUCAAGGACCAACUUGUCGUCAUCCUGCUCGGCUCGGCCGCCGUCUCGCUCGUCCUCGCCCUUCUCGAGGACGAAGGUGGCUGGAGCGCAUUUGUCGAUCCCGCCGUGAUACUCACCAUCCUCGUCCUCAAUGCCGUCGUCGGCGUUUCGCAGGAGAGCAGUGCCGAAAAGGCAAUCGCCGCUCUCCAGGAAUAUUCGGCCAACGAGUCCAGCGUCAUCCGCAACGGCGGCCACGUAUCCCGGGUCAAGGCCGAGGAGCUGGUUCCCGGUGACAUCAUCACCGUGGCAGUCGGCGACCGCAUUCCUGCCGACUGCCGUGUCGUCGCCAUCGAAAGCAACAGCUUCUCGGUCGACCAAGCCAUCCUGACGGGUGAGAGCGAGAGCGUCGGCAAGGACGACUGCGCCAUCGUCAAGGAUGAGCGCGCCGUCCUGCAGGAUCAGAUCAACAUGCUCUUCUCCGGAACCACGGUCGUCGUGGGCCGCGCCAAGGCCGUCGUCACCCUGACCGGAUCCAACACGGCCAUCGGAGACAUCCACGAGAGCAUCACGGCACAGAUUUCGGAGCCCACCCCUCUGAAGCAGAAGCUCAACGACUUCGGCGACGUCCUCGCCAAGGUCAUUUCCGUCAUUUGCAUCCUCGUCUGGCUCAUCAACAUACCCAACUUCAACGACCCCAGCCAUGCCAGCUGGACCCAUGGUGCAAUCUACUAUCUCAAGAUCGCCGUCUCCCUCGGCGUCGCCGCCAUCCCCGAAGGUCUUGCCGUCGUCAUCACCACCUGCCUCGCCCUCGGCACCCGCAAGAUGGCGGCCAAGAAUGCCGUCGUCCGAAGCCUUCCCUCGGUCGAGACGCUCGGCAGCUGCAGCGUCAUCUGCUCCGACAAGACGGGCACGCUCACCACCAACCAGAUGAGCGUCAACAAGUUGAUGCACCUCAACGAGGCCGGCGCCGACCUGACCGAGUUCGACGUCGACGGCAUCACAUUCGCCCCCAAGGGCGCCAUCAGGAUGAACGGGAAGGUGGUGGAGAAUCUCACCUCCAAGUCUGACACGAUUCGCCGCAUGGCCGAGGUUGCGGCUCUCUGCAACGAUAGCCAUCUCGCCUACGAUGACCGAACGGCCACCUUCUCGAGCGUCGGCGAGCCGACGGAAGGCGCCCUGAGAGUUCUUGUCGAGAAGAUUGGACCUUGCGCGCCGUCGGGAACGCAUCCCGAUGACUGCGUACACUUUGCGAGCGCCAACCAUGAGAAGCAGCUCCCCAGACUGGCGUCGUACGAAUUCUCUCGGGAUCGUAAGAGCAUGUCCGUCCUGGUUCGGAGCGGCAAGGGGAAGAAGCUCCUUGUCAAGGGUGCCCCCGAGUCCAUCAUUGACCGGUGCAGCCACGCCAUCCUCGGCGCCGACGGCAAGAAGGUUGCCCUCGAUGCGAGGCUCUCGGGUCUUUUGAUGGGAAAGGUUGUCGAGUCCGGAAAUCGUGGCCUCCGAGUCAUUGCUCUGGCGAGCAUCGAUGACGUCGCCGACAACCCGCUGCUCGCCAGCAAGACGACGGAAGAAUACACCAAGCUGGAACAGAACAUGACCUUCUUGGGCCUCGUCAGCAUGCUCGACCCUCCCCGAGAGGAGGUUCCCAGGGCCAUCGAGCAGUGCAAGGAAGCGGGCAUCCGCGUCAUCGUCAUGACGGGCGAUAACCGCAACACGGCGGAGAGCAUCUGCCGACAGAUCGGCGUCUUUGACCAGGACGAGGAUCUUGAGGGCAAGAGCUUCACCGGCCGCGAGUUUGACGACUUGAGCCCUGCCGGCCAGCUCGAGGCGGCCAAGCAUGCCUCGCUCUUCUCCCGCGUGGAGCCGGCGCACAAAUCAAAGCUUAUCGAUCUGCUCCAGUCCAUCAACGAGGUCGUCGCCAUGACUGGCGACGGCGUCAACGACGCGCCCGCCCUCAAGAAGGCCGAUAUCGGCGUUGCCAUGGGCUCCGGCACGGAUGUUUCGAAGCUCGCUGCCGACAUGGUUCUCGCCGACAGCAACUUUGCCACCAUCGAGGUUGCCAUCGAGGAGGGUCGGGCCAUUUACAACAACACGCAGCAGUUUAUCCGUUAUCUGAUUUCGUCCAACAUUGGCGAGGUCGUCUCCAUCUUCCUCACGGCCGCUCUGGGAAUGCCCGAGGCGCUGAUCCCCGUUCAGCUGCUCUGGGUCAACCUCGUCACCGAUGGCCUCCCUGCCACUGCCCUCUCGUUCAACCCCCCGGACCACGACAUAAUGAAGCGACAGCCGCGGAAGAGAAAUGAGCCCCUCAUCAGCGGCUGGCUGUUCUUCCGUUACAUGGUCAUCGGCACGUAUGUCGGCCUCGGCACCGUUGCCGGCUACGCCUGGUGGUUCAUGUACUACCCCGAGGGCCCGCAGAUCACCUUUAGCCAGCUGUCACGCUUCCAUCACUGCUCGACGGACUUUCCCGAGAUUGGCUGCGACAUGUUCUACAACGACAUGGCCAAGGCCGGCUCGACGGUUUCGCUGUCCAUCCUCGUCGUCAUUGAGAUGUUCAACGCCAUGAACGCGCUGUCCUCGAGCGAGUCGCUGCUCACCCUACCCCUGUGGGAGAACAUGAUGCUCGUCUACGCCAUCGCCCUGUCCAUGGCGCUCCACUUUGCCCUGCUCUACACCCCUUUCCUCCGAACCUUGUUUGCCAUUCUGCCUCUCAACUGGACGGAAUGGAAGGCAGUGCUCGUCAUAAGCGCGCCCGUCAUCCUUCUCGACGAAGUGCUCAAGUUGAUGGAACGAACAUUUUUCAUGCAGACCACGACACUUCCAACCGUCCGGGGUAUCAAGGCCAAAAAGGACCAAUAG